GCGCCUGGUCUGCAGAGCUGAGUAGCGUCAUGAGUGGUGCCUAAACCCUUCUCUUGUCCACAGGACAAAGUUCAGGCCCUCAUUUCCUUGGCAGAGGAGGCUGAAUUUGGCCCAAGCCUUGCAUUUUCAUCUCCUCCAGUGCCUUACCAGGCACCCUGUGCUCCGGAAACAAACGACCUUUUGCUGUUGCCCAAGGAGCCCACCAUUGUGUGCUCUCCCAGGCCUUUGAAGAUGCCAGCCCCUCGGCCAGGGAUCCCCUUUCUUCCCUCUCUCCCGGCCCGGCUCCGGGCUCCGAUGGCUGUGAGCCCCUCCCAGGCCUGCGCAGGCUGAGUCCUCCCUACCGGGCUCCUCGGCUUCUCUCGUCCGUUUGAGACGCGAGAGUCACACGGACCAUCGUGACUUGCUCAGGCUACGCGGUGCGUCGUGGAUCUGCGAUGCUCGCCAUAGAACGAGGGCAAGUCACCGGUGGCUUAACGGAUCUGCUUCAGUUCUAGAAACCAAACCCUCCUUGGCACUGUUUCCCCAGGAUGGUGGCUUUCGAGCUUGAAGUGCCCAACUUGCUCGGGCGUAGGAGCCCCCACUUGCCCUGCCCGUGCCCCAGGAUCUUUGCACAGGAUCUCCAGCCAACUGGGUACAUGGAAAACUCCGUCUCCUACAGCGCCAUCGAAGACGUGCAGCUGCUGUCCUGGGAGAACGCCCCGAAGUACUGUUUACAGCUCACAAUUCCUGGGGGCACUGUCUUGCUGCAGGCUGCCAACAGCUACCUGAGAGACCAGUGGUUCCACUCCCUGCAGUGGAAGAAAAAGAUCUACAAAUACAAGAAAGUGCUGAGCAACCCCAGCCGCUGGGAAGUCGUCCUGAAAGAGAUCCGGACUCUGGUGGACAUGGCCCUGACCUCCCCGCUGCAGGACGACUCCAUCAACCAAGCCCCGCUGGAAAUCGUCUCGAAACUGCUCUCGGAGAACACGAACUUGACUACCCAGGAGCAUGAGAACAUCAUUGUGGCGAUUGCUCCUUUGCUGGAAAACAACCAUCCGCCGCCAGACCUCUGUGAAUUCUUUUGCAAGCACUGCAGAGAGCGGCCCCGGUCCAUGGUGGUCAUCGAGGUGUUCACGCCCGUGGUCCAGAGAAUCCUCAAACAUAACAUGGACUUUGGGAAGUGCCCGCGGCUGAGGCUGUUUACUCAGGAGUACAUCCUUGCCUUGAACGAGCUCAACGCGGGGAUGGAAGUGGUGAAGAAGUUCAUUCAGAGCAUGCACGGCCCCACAGGGCACUGCCCGCACCCCCGGGUCCUGCCCAACCUGGUGGCCGUGUGCCUGGCUGCCAUCUACUCCUGCUACGAAGAGUUCAUCAACAGCCGCGACAACUCCCCGAGCCUGAAGGAGAUCCGGAACGGCUGCCAGCAGCCGUGCGACCGGAAGCCCACCUUACCUCUGCGCCUUCUGCACCCCAGCCCGGACCUGGUGUCUCAGGAAGCCACGCUGUCCGAGGCGCGGCUCAAGUCGGUGGUCGUGGCCUCCAGCGAGAUCCACGUGGAGGUGGAACGCACCAGCACUGCCACGCCGGCGCCGGCGGCCAGCGCGGGCGACGACAGCGAGCCCAGCCUCAUCGACUGCCUCAUGGUCAGCCCCGCCUGCAGCACCAUGAGCAUCGAGCUGGGCCCGCAGGCCGACCGCACGCUCGCCUGCCACGUGGAAAUCCUCAAGCUGCUGUCGGAUUACGAUGACUGGAGACCGUCUCUGGCCAGUUUGCUUCAACCCAUUCCAUUCCCCAAAGAAGCUCUCGCCCACGAGAAGUUCACCAAGGAGCUCAAGUACGUGAUUCAGAGGUUUGCCGAAGACCCGCGACAAGAGGUCCACUCGUGCCUGCUGAGCGUGCGGGCCGGCAAGGACGGCUGGUUCCAGCUCUACAGCCCCGGAGGGGUGGCCUGUGACGACGACGGGGAGCUGUUUGCCAGCAUGGUGCAUAUCCUCAUGGGCUCCUGUUACAAGACCAAAAAGUUCCUGCUGUCCCUGGCGGAGAACAAGCUGGGGCCCUGCAUGCUCCUGGCGCUGCGGGGCAACCAGACCAUGGUGGAGAUCCUGUGCCUGAUGCUGGAGUACAACAUCAUCGACAACAACGACACCCAGCUGCAGAUCAUCUCGACCCUGGAGAGCACGGAGGUGGGCAAGCGCAUGUACGAGCAGCUGUGCGACCGCCAGCGGGAGCUGAAGGAGCUGCAAAGGAAAGGCGGGCCCACCCGGCUGACACUGCCCUCCAAGUCCACAGACGCUGACUUGGCUCGUCUGCUGAGCUCUGGCUCCUUCGGAAACCUGGAGAACCUCAGUUUGGCCUUCACCAACGUAACCAGUGCCUGCGCUGAGCACCUCAUCAAACUGCCUUCUCUCAAGCAGCUGAACCUGUGGUCCACCCAGUUCGGAGACGCCGGCCUGCGGCUCCUGUCGGAACACCUCACCAUGCUGCAGGUGCUGAACCUGUGCGAGACCCCCGUCACCGACGCCGGCCUGCUGGCCCUGAGCUCCAUGAAGAGUCUCUGCAGUUUAAACAUGAAUAGCACCAAGCUCUCGGCCGACACCUACGAAGAUCUGAAGGCCAAGCUCCCCAAUCUGAAGGAGGUGGACGUGCGCUACACGGAAGCCUGGUGAAGCCCCGGCCGGCGCGAGGCGGGAAGACGUCUGCGACAAGACAACUCUUGACUAAUAGCUGUAGAACGGCCGGUCCUGGGGGCCGCCCGGCGCCCCGGCUGUGAGAUAGAUGGGGGAGUCUUUCUGGGGGCAGAGGGGGGAGGGGGUGGGGAGGGGUCCACAAGCACGCCCAGCCCCCGCCUAAUUCUUUUAGCUUUGUCAUUGGAACCUUUGACCUGAUCUCAAGUGGACUUUGUAGCAACAAGAGGAGCAUCAGCGGGUCGGGGAGGGGGUGGGGGGAGGGCCUGGGGCGGGGGACCUUCGUGGAUUUUCUUUGCCUUUGUGUUUGACGCCGUGUGGGAAGAGUCAACCCUGUCGCCGCCGCUGGGGCCGGGCGGAGGACGUCUCCUCCUUCCGAGGCCACGAGCUGCGCUGAGAGCCCGCCCCACCACCACGCCGUCGGGACGGAAGACCCAGUCAGUCACUGCACCUGUCCCGUGUCCUCACCAUUGCUAUGCAAAGUGGUUCUUGUUGUACAUAAGAGUUAAAUAAUGCACCUAUUUAAGACAUGUUGACAAAUUGCGGGUCUGGGACCCGCCUCUUAUCUUAUUUAUAAAGUCUUUGACCCUCCCCGCCCGCCCGCCGCCCCCUGGCGUGUAGUGCUGUGUAAACCAGUCGCCUGUCGGGUUAGUGGUAGUACUCUGGUUAUUUUUUUUAAAAGGAAACAGACAAAAAAAAAGAGAGAGAGAGGA